AUGGUUAAAACAUCCAAUAGAAAAUAUGAUGAACUUAGUGUUGGAACUACAGUACGUCUGAGUAUUCCAGAUAUAGAUCGUGCUCGUGGAUCACCAAGAAAUGUAUUAGCGGUUGUAACAGAAGUUAAGGACGAUUUAUACAAGCUAUGCACUGAAAGUGGAUUUUUAAAACAUAUGUACACGAGAUCAGAAAUAAAUCCUUGCAAAGCAAAUUUAUUGGAUCUAAGUACUGUUUUAAAAUCGGCAGGUCAAUCAGAAAAACCGUUAUCACUUCGGGAGGCAGCUACUGUAAAUAGUAUUUCAGGGGCACAAGGAUAUACCCGAUGUCAAUGUAAGACAAAAUGCAAGACGAACAGGUGUGCUUGCAGAUCGGCAUCUAGAAUUUGUAAUUCUAAAUGUCAUGGAAGUUUGCCAUGUGAAAAUAAAAAUGAGUAA